UUCUACCUUUGCGCGCUUCUUCGGCCAAAUCCCAUAAAUCCGCCGAACCGGGGAUUUAGUAAAUCCUAGGGUUUCUUGUCUUCUCGUCUAUCCACUUCUCUUUGGCUUCCUCGACCCUCUUCUCCAUUGCUGCCGUCGUCUGUUCUAUCUUCCAACUUCUGUCGCCUCCUGCUCCUCCUCCUCCUCCUCCAGCGCCUAAUUUGCCCUCUGCCGGUCAGCGUUGUUUGAGUGGACUUUUGCUCAACAAUCCACUUCUUUGAUAACCAAUCCUUUAUUUGAUGAUUUGAAUAUCUAACCUCUCCAUUGAAGGUAAGAAGAAAUACAAACUAACCAAGAGGCCGGCGGUACCUUCUCUGGAACGUCUUCCCUACCGGUCUUUGGGCCUGCCCCUGCUCACUAAUUUAAUGAAAUUACUCGUUCUCCGAUAAAGUAUCCACCGUGCAAGAUAAUGCACAAUUCAUCAUCAGCGCAGGCUGCAAAGCCAAAGGCAGGUUCAUCUCAGCUAUCAGAGGCUUCUUUGAAGCGCAAGCGCGGGAUGUUUCAAAAAGAUUGUUAUAUAAUGGAUAUCAGAUCUCAAAGAAGUUGGAUGUAUAAUCGAUUGACACAAGGACGAAAGGCAUUAACAGAUGAGUUCAUUAAAGGGGUGAAUUUUUUCAUUCAUACAGCUUCUCAACUGCCCAGCUUCAUCUCAGAUGGAAAGUUUCGUUGCCCAUGUUCAAAACAUAAAAAUAUGGCGCACUUAAGCCCAGAUGACGUAACUGUUGAUCUAUACCGUCGAGGCUUCAUGCCAGGAUAUUGGUAUUGGACUUCUCAUGGUGAGUAUGAACCACAUAGCAGGGGGGAUCAAAAUAGUCAGAACAUAGCUUCUGAUGUUGGGGGUAUGGGUAGUUCUCUUCAUACUGGGGGUUCUAUUCCACAUACUGAGCACAAAAGACGUUUGAAAGAGGUGUUGGGUAGAGAACCGACCCCUGUUGAAUUGCAUAGUCAUAUCCACAAACGACAGGUGGACCAACAAUUGGUUGAUGAGCGAGCGAGGAAAACCUAUGAGUAUACAGGGCUUCGAGAGAGCCAGGCUACAUCAGGUGAAGGUUCUUCUGGUGGAUUAGCAGAAUAUUCUGACUACCGCACUUUGUCGCAACCGGUAGGAGGAAUGCAGCACGACGGAGUAUACGGUUUAGGCUCGCAAGACUAUGCAUAUGAGGGUCUGACUUCCGGUGGCUCCAACUUAGCAAAUACCCAGGAGUCUUUAUAUAGCCAACAUGUAUCUGCCCUUACAGCUGAGCUAGAGCAGGUAAAGAAAGCACAAGCUGACUGGCACAUGCAGAUUCAGCAGCAGAUGGAGAUGCAUCACUCUCUGGUGCAGAUGCAGCAAACUCAAAUAUUAGAGGAAAUGCGAAAGAUGAGGGAGAAGUUAAGUGGGCAGAAUACAGCUGCAUCAGCAGAGGAGGAGACUGAAUGAGAGUAGAUGUUUAUUUUAAUUCUGUGAACAUAUGUUAUUAUGUAUUUGUGAACAUGUUUACUUGUUUGUUUUAUGGACAUC